AUAAGCGGAACAUGAGCCCAGCAUCCGCAGUCAGUCAGUCAGUCAUUCAGUGUUCGGUAAAAUCGUACUCGUGCUUCGACCGCCUUCACGCAUGAUGAAUCGAAUGAUUGUAUUACUAUUGGCAGCUGUAACUGCUGUUACAGCCGAGGAGAUGGUGGCGGUUGUUCGUCUAACGCCGUUUUCCGAAAAAAAUAUUACGGGUAACUUAAAAAUCGUUCAAUCUGUUCCGAAUGGACCUGUCACCAUUACCGGUAAGAUUCAAGGACUUACAGAGGGUCUUCAUGGUUUCCAUGUGCACGAGAAAGGAGAUCUGAGUAUGGGUUGCAUAUCUGCGGGAGGACAUUUCAAUCCUGAGAACGUUACUCAUGGCGCACCGGAAGACACUGUCAGACAUGUUGGUGAUCUGGGAAAUAUCCAAGCUAAUUCUGCGGGAGAAGCGAUUAUAAAUAUCACUGACAAUAUAAUCUCGCUGAGCGGAUCGAACAGUAUCCUGGGAAGGUCCAUAGUUGUUCACUCUGGCGAAGACGAUCUUGGCAAGGGCAAUAGCUCUCUCUCCUUGACAACCGGAAAUGCCGGCGAUCGUUGGGCUUGUGGUGUCAUCGGUAUCGAAAAAAUCUGAGAUACUCCGAAGGGAAAUGUCAACGGUCGACGGAGGAGGAGAAAAAAAAAGGAUCGAUACCUAUCACCCCGUAGAUCUGAUUAGAAACUCGAAUUAGAAUUGACUCAAUAUUGUUGAAAUGUUACGUUCUUACGACUCCUAUAAGAUGUUAUGUCGUAUAUAUAUUUUAUGUGAUUUGUAAGAGAGAGUUUUGUAAUAAACUGCGCAAUAGACGUAGAAUUAAUAGGUACGACAUGUGCGCGAUGUGAAUGUAAUUUUCCCUCUGACUUGAUUUUAGCGUGUCUAUCUUUUGUAUGAGAAUCGUUGAUGACAUUUUAGCAGUGUUUUGUUCCUCUGUGUUUUCCCAAUAUAUCCUUUCUCUGUCUUA